UACCGUUCUUGUCUUUCCCAUGAUUCAGAGCAUUUUUUCCAGAAUUUCUUCUUCUCCCUUCACCUCAUUUCUUUGCAGUCAUGGAUAGUUCCGAGCAGCAAGAAGUUACAGCCUCUAAGGUUGAAGAAAUUGCAGAUGACAGCUUGGCUUCAGCUGAGGAAAUUGUACCCGAGGCUGUGGAAGAAAGUGAGCCCGUCGAAGAAGUGGUGCCUUCUACUGAAACAAUUGUAGAUGAAAUUCAGGAUACGAGUUCGAGUGCAGAACCUGUAGAACCUGAAAAACCGAUCAGCACAAGCCCUGUAGAAGAGAUUGUAGAAAAGCCCACUGAGACAACAGAAGCAGUCAGUGAAGCUGUUGCACAGCCAUGCUGUGGCUCAGCAGAAUCAUCAUGUCCCCUCAUGCACCCUCAAGUCCAAUCACUGAUCUUCUGGCGAAACCCCGUGUACUCUGCCGUGGUGCUGUGCGUGGCCGCAAGCCUGCUGCUCCUGCUGCGUAGCGCCACCACCUUCUCCAUCAUCAGCCUGUGGAUGCUGUGUAUGCUGCUGGUCUCGGUCAGCUACCGUGUUGUCGUUGCCACAGUUCUCACCUUUCAGAAGAGAGAGCUUGUCAACCCAUUGGCUGUUUACCUCACCGGCGGAUUCCCCGUUGAGCAGGAUCAGUUGGCUUCCGCUGGCAAGCUAGUUGUGACGUCCACUCUCAACUACUUUGACAACUUACGCCGUGGCCUUCUUGUGGAAGACGUCCGCUCGUCUGUGAUGCUUUUCUUCAACUUGCUGGGCCUGUACCAGAUGACAUGCUGGUUGUCACCCUUGACAGCUGCAACCAUCUGCCUUGUCGGUUUCUUCGUCAUCCCUCCACUCUAUGAGAAGAACAAGGCACAAGUUGAUCCCGUGUUAGCCAAGGCUAAGGUCCAGGUCCAGUCCAUGUUGGCAAAAGCAAGAGCGCUGCCCGUUGUUGGUCCUCUGCUUUUUGGCAAGCCAAAGACUGACUGAUGCCCCACUGCUGGGUGAUUGUGCACAUUACCCCAUGUGCCUUAUGAGGAUGCAACCGCUCUGUCGAAGCACACGGUUUGGUUAUUUUUGAUAUCCGGUACUGGUAUGUGUGCCUCCGCAGCGGUGAUCUGAUUCUGUAUAUCCUGAGUGCUUUCGUACUGAAGUAUUUUUGCAGUAACAGCUAACCCCUAUUUUACAAAGUUGUUUUUCGUUCUCUUAUCGUUGUUUUUAAUAUCAGGGUUGUUCCCUUCACCUUUGAGGCACUGGUGUCUGUGCUGUUGCUCCGCUUGUACUCCUAUGGUGUUUUCUGUGUUGGCUGCACGGAUAAUAGUUAGUACAAGCUCUGCCGGGCUAUGUGCAUCAUACCUCGUACCGGUGUUCUCACUAUGUGCAGCAUGCGCCUGUCGUUGUUACUCGCCUGUUCCUGUGUUGUCUCCGUUCUGCGCGUUGUUCGCCUUUGGCCUCUACUAAGCCCAGCUAUCUUGGUUGACCGACGCGAAGAAGAUUAUUUCCUUUUCCAAGUUUUUUUUUUACUUCGAAGUACGAAAGAUCCUGAAUACUAUUCUCCCCGGGUUGCGAAUAUACUCUCUCAGAGCCAUGCCCAUCCAGUAAAUGUACAGUUAUUGUGAGGCUUCAACGUGAUCACAACUGGA